AUGUCUGCGCUCUUCAACUUCCAAUCCCUCCUCCUGGUGCUUCUGCUCCUGAUCUGCACCAGCACCUACGUCCAUCACUUCUUCCCAGGCGUCAUGGAUAGAAAUAAGAACGGAGUCACGGGUAUCUUUUGGAAAUGCGCGAGGGUAGGCGAACGCCUGAGCCCAUACAUUAGCUUGUGCUGUGUCAUCAUGGCUGUCUCGGUUCUCUUCAACUAA